AUGUCCGCCAUUAAUCGCGUCUCCCAGCUGUCCUCUCACCUUAAACUCGUCGAUAUGGCUUCUCCUAUCUCUUCUUUGAACGGCGGCUUUGCUCUCGUCACUGGUGCUGCCUCUGGCAUCGGCCAGGAGACAGUGUUCUCGCUGGCGCAAGCCGGUGUGGAGGGCAUCCUCCUCGCAGACCUCGAUCUAGCAAAGGCCGAAUCGACCAUCUCGGAAAGUAAGAAAUUCGCGACACACUCGAACUUUCGUGCGAUCGCCGUGCAAACCGACGUCACGGACGAAAAGAGCAUCGAUAAUGCCGUUGAGACGGCGAAAAAAGAAUUCGGCCGCAUUGAUCACUGCGUGCAUUCUGCUGGCAUGGGAAACCUCUCCGGCGCGGUCACCGAACAUUUGAACAUUGAGAUGUACGAUAAAACCAUGGCCGUCAACGCCCGCAGCACGAUGCUGGUCCUGCGCGCCGUCUCCGCAGUCAUGGCCGCCCAGGAACCUCUUGAAUAUACGAGUCCUCGACACGGAACAAAGAGAAGCCUAGGACGGGGGUCGAUUGUCAUAGUCUGCUCUGUCAAUGGGCUGGUCGCGGCACCUGGUAUGCUGAAUUACUCGGCGUCGAAGUGGGCGGUUAUUGGUAUCGCGAAAACAGCUGCGGUUGACAACAUCAAGAACCACAUCCGGGUUAACAUCGUCUGCCCGGCGUGGACGCAAACGCCUAUGAUGGAACGGAGUCUGGAGCGGGUUCCCCAGUUAGGGCCGAUUAUCCAGGCUGUCAGUCCAUUGAAGAGAGGCGCUUUUCCAGAAGAAGUCGCCGACUCGAUCCUCUUCUUGUGUAGCCCAGCUUCAAGCUAUAUCAAUGGGUCGGUGGUGAACAUUGAUGCGGGUUUGACAUUGACGGUUCAGAGAGGGCCAGCAUGA